AUGUCUUCGACGGAUCCCCACUUCACGGAACCCAUUGAGCCCUUUCGGCCGAAGAAGGCGUUAGUAUUGACCAAAUUUUCGAGAUAUGAGUUCGAGAAGAAGCGUAACCCAGAUCUCAAUGAGGAACAACUCAUCGCUAGUUUGUCGAGUCGCGGAAGUGAUUAUCAGAAGUUGAUAUCUCACCACAAUAUCCAUAAACAAAAUCGAGAUCAUAUUAUCGAAUGUCUGACCGCAUCGGGCAUUGAGACCAAAGUUGUGAACCGAACCGAAUAUAAUGACAAUAACAUCGAUUGGGCGGAUGUUAUCGUCACAUCCGGAGGCGACGGAACCUUUUUGAUGGCCGCCUCUAAAGUCAAUAAUCGUAAUAAACCGCUAAUCGGUGUCAACAGUGACCCGAAGCGCUCUGUCGGACACCUCUGUCUUCCGAUUCGAUAUUCCAAUGAUUUCGGUUCAGCUCUUCGGCUGUUCAGUGAAGGAAAGUUCAAAUGGAAAUACAGGCAAAGGAUUCGCGUAACACUCGAGUCAGAAAACGCCAACGAAGAACCCCUCGAACUCCACGAACAGCAACUUAAAUGUCUUGAGAACCGCUUCUUAGAUAUGGACGGAAGUCAUGAGUCGAUGCCACACAACGAGACGAAGAACCAAAAGAGAGAGAAAAGGAUUUUGCCGUAUAAGGCGUUAAACGAAGUGUUUGUCGGCGAAUCGAUCUCUUCUCGCGUCUCAUACUAUGAGUUCUCAGCGAACGAUAAAAAGAAAGCGAAACUUAAGAGCUCUGGUCUGACGGUGUGUACGGGCACGGGAUCCACCUCUUGGUUCUUCAACAUCAACAAAGUGACGCCACAAUGCGUUCAAAGUCUGUUUCAGAUAAUCAAUGCCGAAAUCAAUGGCCAAACUUUGCCCGAAAACGACAGCAAAGCCAUCGAAAGAGUGACCGAAAAGUUUAACAAUUCGCUGAUUUUCGAUCCGUCGGAGGCGUCGAUGGCAGCAGAUUUUAUCGAAAAAACUGUUUGGUUUCCAACUGUCGGUCCAAAAGGGAAUCGAAACGAUUUCCCCGAAGUUAUACAACUGAAGACCAGAAGCACCGCAAGCGUUGAUAAUCGACGCGUUGUGUAUCAGUCGGUGUCGAACCCCCUUCUGGUGCGCCCUUAG